UAUAUUUUGCAGUUUCUCGAUUUCUCCUGGCCGCGCCGCUUUUUUACCGGUUGCUCUCAGGUUAUUUCACGCUGAUUCGUUGUGUUUGAAUAUGUAACAUUUCUGAAUGUUUCGAUCAGUUUUGAUUCUCAUGUUUUACACGCACGUUGUUACACGCAAUUGUACGAGCGUUACCUUGCUAACGUUUUGAUGUGAGUUGAAAAACACAGAUAGACUCAGCACUGUGUACGUUCGUUGAAUUAGUAUACAUAUACUUUUAAUAUAUAUCGAAUAGAUAUAACAAAAAUAAGUUAUAAUCGAGAAAGAAACAAUGAGCACGCCGCAGUCUAAUAAGAAGAAAGGCAGGAGCCGAAUGGGAGUGCUCAGUGAAAGUGCAAGUCCCUCAAACACUGAGACACUCAGCAGCCAGGAAUCGGCAAAGUUUGUUUUGGUAAAUUGUAUUGGAGAAGAUGGAAAUAAACAAAUUAAAAUAGGUAUUAAUGAAGCCAUUCCUAUAAUUUCCAUGGAUGCAAGUAUGUAUGAGGAAAAAAGUUUACAAAAAACGAAUGCAGCGACAUUAGAAAAGGAGAAAGAAGACAAGAACAUUCUCAGCACUUUGCCUGUUGCUAAAUUUAAAGUAAUAGAUGGCUACGAAGAACAAUUAGGAGAAGCUGAACCACUUCCAAAUUCUUAUAUCAGAUUUAUGGAGCGCAGUGGCGAAGAGCUUGAUGGAGAAGUAGAGUAUGAUCUAGAUGAAGAAGAUACUGCAUGGCUUUCCAUUGUAAAUGAAAGAAGAGUAGCCUCUGGAUUGACUCCUGUGGAACCGGACACAUUUGAGUUGCUGAUGGAUAGACUAGAGAAGGAAUCAUAUUUUCAACAACAGAGCAAUGGUGGAGGUGGAGUUGCUGCUGAUGAGGAUGCUGUUUGUUGCAUUUGCAUGGAUGGAGAAUGUCAAAAUAGCAAUGCAAUCCUGUUUUGUGAUAUGUGCAAUCUUGCUGUUCAUCAAGAUUGUUACGGUGUACCAUAUAUACCCGAAGGUCAAUGGUUGUGCAGAAGAUGUCUUCAAAGUCCAUCCAGAGCUGUGGAUUGUGUCCUCUGUCCAAACACGGGGGGCGCUUUUAAACAGACCGAUCGUCCUUCGGAAUGGGCACAUGUAGUGUGCGCUUUGUGGAUACCAGAAGUAAGAUUUGCCAACACUGUGUUUCUAGAACCUAUUGACAGUAUAGAAAGUAUUCCACAAGCUCGUUGGAAGCUUACAUGCUGUGUGUGUAAGCGUAGAGGAGUAGGCGCCUGCAUACAGUGUCACAAGAGUAACUGCUACGCGGCAUUCCAUGUAACUUGUGCUCAGCAAGCUGGUCUUUGUAUGCGCAUGAGAACAGUACAACCUGCUAACGGUGAACCGAUGUUAGUACAAAAGACUGCUUAUUGUGAGGCACACACACCUGUUGAUUACCAGCCUUCUACGAAUCCGGUAGACGCUAGGAGGAGAGCAAUUGCCAAUAAGAAAAGCUCAUCAGCACCUGUGAUUUCUAUCCCCACCAUACCGCCUGAAAGGAUCAGAGAAAUUGCUAGUUUACUUGAUGGAAUACCAAAGAAGAGUCAAUUGAUACAACGUAUUAUUGCCUAUUGGACAUUGAAGCGACAAUACAGAAAUGGCGUUCCACUUCUCAGAAGACUACAAAGUUCGCAUCCACAAUCUAGACCACCUCCGCUCGGAGAACAUUCUUCCUCGCCAACACACGACAGCGAAAUUAGAGGAGAAAUGUGUCGCCAGCUUAAAUACUGGCAAUGCUUGCGUCAAGACUUGGAACGCGCGCGAUUGCUUUGCGAAUUAGUUCGAAAGCGUGAGAAAUUGAAGAAGGAACUCAUCAAAGUAAAGGAAAAAUGUGUGUUCCUUCAAUUACGACCAGUGGAGAGUGUUUUGCGUGCAUUACUGGAAGCGAUAAAAGCAAAAGAUGUAAAUGACGUAUUCGGGCAACCAGUCAAUAUCAAAGAAGUUCCAGAUUAUCUCGAGAUAGUAUCGCAACCUAUGGAUCUCUCGACUAUGGAGGCAAAAUUGAAAGAAAAUGAAUAUGAUUCCAUUUUGGCUUUUGAGGCAGACUUCAACUUAAUGGUGAACAAUUGUCUAGCGUAUAAUCGCAAGGAUACUAUGUUCUAUCGGGCAGGAACAAAAAUGAAAGAGCAAGGUGGAGCUCUGAUAGAACAAGUUCGCAAAGAUUAUCCAGAACUGGAUUCAGUCACCGAAACCGAACCGAUCAGCUCUAAAUCAAGGAAAAGAGAAAGACCUAAUCGUAGUCGUGCGGAAACUGAAUCGCAAUCAACCGAGAAAGAGAUCGGCGGAGGUGUAAAUAGAAGAACAGCCGUGCUAUUUACGCGUAAAGCUAGAGCGCGUAAUGUUAAAAGCGGACAAAUGUUUUCUCCAGACGACGACAAAAAAUGUAAACAGAGUGAUAGCUUUAAAGUAUAUAGGAGUGGAACAAUGGAUAGUGAUGUAGGUGAGGGAGAAAGUCAAUCGUCAAGUUGCAGUAGCUGUUCCACGAGUAGAUCGACUACUCCCGAUCCAGAAGAGGAAAAACAAGAGAUAGUCGAUACAAAGAAAGAAAAUGAGAGUAAACAAGCGAGUAGCACUAACGGUAUUGAAGCUUUACAGCUUGUAUGGGCUAAAUGUCGGGGAUAUCCUUGGUAUCCAGCCUUGAUUAUUGACCCUAAUACACCCCGUGGCACUAUACAUAAAGGAGUGCCAAUUCCAGCACCACCUGAAGACGUUCUAGCACUUGGGGAUAAUUACAAAGAACCUGUUUUUCUUGUUCUAUUCUUUGACACCAAACGUACAUGGCAAUGGUUGCCAGGAGAAAAAUUAGAAAAACUUGGAGUGUCACAAGAAGUGGACGAAGCAAAAUUAAUCGAAUCGCGUAAACCUGCGGACAGAAAAGCUGUGAAGAAAGCUUAUACCGAAGCCUUAAAUUUUCGCACCCAAACACACAAUGCUGUGGUGGACAACAUUUCAACCGAAUAAAUCUUGUCAAUAUAGUAACAAAGCGCUAGAUUAUUGUUUUAUAAGUAUUUGCAUUGUAACGAUUAUUUCAGAAAGUUUGGUAUA